ACGAACAAUUUUAUUAUUUAUUAAAGAUUGUUUGUUUUACCGAUAAGUUUUUAACGAUUGUCCUUUGUUUAUCAACUUUGCUUGCAACCAUUCCCUUUGCCGUACCAUUUCUCGCUUCACCAAUUUAUCCGUCGAUUACAUAAUAAUCCGUAAUAAUCAGCAGCAUCGCCCUAAGCAGCCCACUUGGAAAAGUCAUCGAGCGAUCAACAGCGUCAACAGCGAUCUUCAUUGAACUACAAAAUGCUGAAAAACGCAGUUGCCUUGGUUACAGGAGGCGCAUCAGGGCUCGGCAGAGCGACUGUGGAACGAUUUGCCCGGGCUGGUUAUAAUGUGUUGCUGUGUGAUUUACCAACCUCAAAGGGUCACGAUGUAGCCAAGGAGCUCGGCGAGAAGGUUUCGUACGUUCCAGUCGAUGUGCUGUCGGAAAAAGAUGUAACCAGUGCGCUGGAGGUGGCUAAGAGCAAGUUUGGGAGGCUGGACGUGUCGGUUAAUUGCGCCGGUGUUGCCGUUGCAGUGAAGACAUACAACUUCAACAAGAAGUUAGCUCACAAUUUGGAAGACUUUCAGCGCGUGCUACUCGUCAACACAUCCGGCACGUUCAACGUAAUUCGUCUAUCGGCCGGAUUGAUGGGUGAAAACGAACCCAAUACGGAUGGUCAACGUGGCGUAAUAGUGAACACUGCGUCAGUAGCCGCGUACGAUGGGCAAAUAGGGCAGGCAGCUUACGCCGCAUCGAAGGCUGCCGUAGUGGGAAUGACCCUUCCAAUUGCUCGUGAUCUUAGCACGCACGGCAUUCGGGUUGUCACGGUUGCACCUGGACUGUUCAACACCCCCAUGCUUCAGGCACUGCCGGAAAAAGUCCGCGCAUUCCUUGCCAAAACUGUACCAUUUCCGUCUCGUCUUGGGGAGCCGUCGGAAUACGCGCAACUCGUACAAACCAUUGUCGACAAUCCGAUGCUUAACGGUGAGGUCAUUCGGCUAGAUGGCGCCCUUCGCAUGAUGCCUUAAGAACUUUUCGUGAAACACUCCCAAUUCAAAACAACGGAUGCAUUUAAUCGUGUACCUCGAGAAGUUAUGUGAUGGAAGAUGGAUCCCUUCAUAAUGGAGUUCGUCAGACGAUCUUCCGCAAUUCCAAAUGAAAUUUUGUAUUCAUGUUCCAUUGUUUAAAACAAAGCAGACAAAAUUGAGAUAAAUUGUGUUUUUAUUAUCGUUAAAUAAUCACUCGCUUAGUAUUAACUGUAAAAACGAUACGCAAACAUUAAUUUUCAACAUUCACUCCGUUGCCAAUUAAAGAAAAAUAAUCGCUGACUAGCUUUUCGCAAAGAGGCAAAUUUUUGAGUUUAUUUACCUUUGCGUUAAAUCGAGUGCCUUUGCCGUUGCCUUUCCCUUCGAGUAUAGUGCAUAUUUUCGGUCCGAGCUCAGCGAUAUCCUCUGGUUUGCCUUGUAAGACGAUCUGCCCUUUACCAGUAUUGUCAGUUUCGCCGUUGGUAAGAAACACGAA